GGUGUUUCCAUGGUAACUACGGAGCCUCUGAACGUCCAAAUGGGUCAUAUCUGAUGACCGUGACAAGACGACAUUGAUCCAGAAUCGUUACUGUUCAUAAACUGAAUUGAAUCUAAGAAAGAUGCAGACGUCCCACAGAUCUGUUCAAUACGUCGUCGUCCUGUUUUUCAUCGUCUUCACAAUCGUCCAGAGUCAAGAGAGCGAGAGUCGUCGAGCCGUCUCCGAACACCAGCUGAUGCACGACCGCGGCCGAAGCAUCCAGAGUCUGAAGAGGCUCAUCUGGCUCUCCGGCGCCAUCGAGGGGCUGCACACGGCACAGACCCGCGCCGCCGUCCUCAGCCCCCCCGACAUCCUGGACCUGCAUCUGAACCCGGCUGCAGGAAACCCCCAGCCCAAAUGGGUGCAGAAGAUACUGAGGGACUUAUUAACCCCCCACCUAAAAGAAUAAAACAUUAAAAACACUCCUGAAGGUGUUCAGCUGCACAUGGAACUGAACACUGGUGCGAAGGCUUUGGCUUCUGGGUUGUAAUUUUAUUUAUUCCGAUGUUUAUUUUUAAAAAA